GCGUACUGCUGCUAGUUGGAAGGAGGGGGAGACCAUCCAUUUCCUUUACUAGGCCUGUGCGAACUCCGCAUAGAGCGAGCGGCCAAACCUCAAAUUGGGAUAUCUUCUUUUUACGGCAGACAAACUGAAUGCUCGCAAUAACAGACAUCAUCUUCAUGGUCUGCCACGUAAAGUUGUAAAGACAUCUGGUCAACCAACAUAAAGCGUUAUUUUACGCUCUGAUGGUACCAGCUGACCAGUGACACCUGCCUGAGGACACCUCACCUGCUUCCCCCCUCCCCCACCCCCUUUACCAUGUCUGGGAUCCAGGUGCCAUGGUUGCCUGGCACAGAGUGUGUAGCCAAGUACAACUUCCAGUCGACGAAUGAACAGGACCUGCCUUUCUGUAAAGGAGAUGUGUUGACCAUCAUCGGAGUCACCAGGGAUCCCAACUGGUACAAAGCGAAGAACACAGUGGGCAGAGAGGGAACCAUCCCAGCUAACUACGUCCAGAAAAGGGAAGGGGUCAAGUCAGGGGGAAAACUCAGUCUUAUGCCAUGGUUCCAUGGUAAGAUAACGCGGGAGCAGGCAGAGCGCCUCCUCUACCCCCCAGAGACGGGUCUGUUCCUGGCGAGGGAGAGCACCAACUACCCCGGGGACUACACCCUGUGUGUCAGCUGUGAAGGCAAGGUGGAGCACUACCGCAUCAUCUAUCACAACGGCAAGCUCAGCAUCGACGAGGAGGAGUUCUUCGAGAACCUCAUGCAGCUGGUGGAGCACUACACCAAAGACGCCGACGGCCUCUGUACCAGACUCAUCAAGCCAAAGCUGAUGGAGGGAACGGUGGCCGCCCAGGAUGAAUUCUCCAGGAGCGGCUGGGCCUUGAACAGAAAGGAACUCAAGCUCAUCCAGACCAUUGGCAAAGGGGAGUUUGGAGAUGUGAUGGUGGGGGACUACAGAGGGACCAAGGUGGCAGUGAAGUGCAUCAAACACGAUGCCACGGCCCAGGCGUUCAUCGCUGAGGCCUCCGUCAUGACGCAACUGAGGCACAACAACCUGGUUCAGCUGCUGGGGGUGAUCGUGGAGGAGAGGGGCAGUCUCUACAUCGUCACAGAGUACAUGGCCAAGGGCAGUCUAGUGGACUACCUCCGUUCUCGAGGACGGACUGUGCUGGGAGGAGACUGUUUGCUCAAAUUCUCACUUGACGUGUGUGAAGCCAUGGAAUACCUGGAGGCCAAUAACUUUGUGCACAGAGACCUGGCGGCCCGGAACGUGCUGGUGUCUGACGACAACAUCGCCAAGGUCAGCGACUUUGGUCUGACCAAGGAGGCCUCGUCCACACAGGACACUGCCAAACUGCCCGUCAAAUGGACCUCCCCCGAAGCCCUGCGAGAGAAGAGGUUCUCCACUAAGUCAGACGUGUGGAGUUAUGGUAUCCUGCUUUGGGAGAUCUACUCCUUUGGGCGUGUGCCUUACCCCAGAAUUCCCCUGAAGGAGGUGGUGCCGCGGGUGGAGAAGGGUUACAAGAUGGAUGCACCCGAGGGCUGCCCGGUGGUGGUGUACGACGUCAUGAAGCAGUGCUGGACCCUGGACGUGGGGCUGCGGCCCUCCUUCCGCAUGCUGAGAGACAAGCUGUCGCAUAUCAGAGCCAAAGAGCUCUACCUGUGAGGGGCAGGGAGGGGAGACGCAGCAGCCUAGAGCGGAGGGAGGGAUAGUGGGAGCGUCCGGGCCGGGCUGGGGGAAACUAACUGGAGCAGGACUGGAACUCAUCUGCCUGCCUCACCUGUGGACCACACCCUACCUGAGACCUCACCUACACCUGUUUUCCUCUUGGACUGUAGUCAACCCUCCCCUGUGUUACCUUCCCCCUCUACUCUUCUGAAAGAAAGGAACAGAAGUCCUGUAUGUGUUGUAUAGCUUUCUACUGGCUGGUUCUCUUCCUCUCUCUCCAGUCCAUCGGCCUCCCUCUAUCCCCCCCUCCUCCUCCUGUUCUCCCAGUCUCUCCACUGGCUUUGUCCUCUCCUUGGAAACUCUUUUCAGAUUUUCUUCCUCUCUAAAACAUGAUGAUAAUGGGGGAGGCUGGCCUUUUCCUCCACAAGUUUGUCAGAUGCUCUCAAUCUCUCCUUCCCUCUAUCUGUGCUCUGAUCAUUCCUGUAUCUCUGUUGGUUGGUAGUGUGGCGCUGCAUGCCCUCUGUCCCUCACCCUCCUGUGUGUGUCCGUGUGUGGGGCCUUGCUUGGGGCCUUCGCUCUGUGCCAAAGUGCCUCCAGUAUACAGAGCUCCAGACUCCCUCAGCCUCCAGAACCUACUUCUCCAGUCGGACUAAUCAGUUGUUUUUUUAUUCAUUUUUUAAAAUAAAUAUUUUUUUUAUUUUUCUUUCUCCGGGGGGUUGUUGGUUCAUUUGCUUUGUGCUGUUGUCCCCCUCGGCUCCAGAACAGGUUCUUCUAUGUCCGUUAAAGAGAAGGUGAACAUUUGAGAGGACAAGAGGCUAGAACACACCCAGGACAUAGGAGCUUCCCAGCUGAGACUCUUUAUCUCCAACUCAACACAGGACUACAGAACAGGGGAGGGAGGGGCAGGUCUCAACAUGGUAGAUUCAUCAUAUGUGGGCUUGUUUUAUAUUAAAAUAUAUUUAAAGGAUUAAAAAAAGAACUAAAAAAUGAAAAGAUGAGAAUCUAAAAAGGACAACUUAAAGGAAGGAAGAAGCCAAGAAAAGAAAGACUGAAGGAUAUAAGAAUGUUUUAGUGUCCGUGUGAAGUGAAGGCUGGGGUUGGGUAUGUGCAUGCCAUGCGAGAGGCCUUGGGUUUAACUGUCGGUGCUUUCAAUGUUCAUUGUUUUAUUAUGCUACCAUGAUUAUGAAUAAAUCAUUCCAUCUGA